AUCUGGCAAAGUAGUUGUAGUUUUACAACAGACGUGCGAGGUUCGUCUUGUAGAAAAAGUAUAACUAUCGGUUUGAAAGUGCGAAACACUCUUGGUAAUUGACCGUAUUACAUUGCAAAAUUAAAAUGUUCAUUGAAGUUGCACUAUUCUGCAUUGCAAUAGCAUUGCUGUUCGGGUAUUGGAACGUGAAUCAAAUUUAUACGAUAUGGUUAAAGUGCAACAUACCGUUCGACAAAGCUCAAUUUCCUUACGGAAAUAUUAAGGAUGUGGGCAAGAAAGUGCAUAUUUUCGAGUUAACUAACAAUUUGUAUAAAAAGAUGAAAAAAGAAGCGCCCGUAGCAGGAUUCCAUGUUCUUACCAAUGCCGCUGUUGUAGUCACCGAUUUGGAUAUUGUGAAAAAAAUCUUAGUCUCGGACUCGAAUCUGUUCAUGGAUCGUGGGAUGUACGUUAAUGCGUCUGAGGAUCCGUUGAGUUGCAACAUGUACAAUUUGGAUGGUGCCAAGUAUAAGGCAAUACACAGCAAACUAAUGCCAAUGUUUUCAUCGGAGAAAAUAAAAUUGAUGUUCGAGUCUAUGGAGUUGUUAGCUGAUAGACUUUCGAACUAUUUGUCCGAAGCCAUAGACGGAAAUCCGACCGACCUGAACUUACAGAAUAUACUUUGCUGCUAUUCAACCGAUGUAAUGGGGAAAAUAUUUUUAGGCAUUGAUUGCAAUAGUUUAAACGAUGAAAAUGCUGAGCUGCAAAAAAUUAGCAGAAAGUACUUGGUCAAGGGCCGUGAAAGAGGAUUGAAGCACUUUUUCCGGUGUACAUUCCAAGAAACCGCAAAGCGUUUGAAUAUGACUGAAACACCCAAACUGGUUAGUGAUUUCUUCAUGCAGGCAAUAAAAACAUCGAUCGAGAAUCGUGAAAAAUCGAAAACUAGGACCAAUGAUUUGAUCGAUUUGCUGAUAAAUUUGAAGAAUGCAGGUGAAAUGAACGAAAAUGCAGACGAAAAAUCGGGUAGCAUAACCGUCGAUGAGGCAAUUGCGCAGGCAUACUUUUUCUAUGUAGCUGGUUUUGAAACGAUAUCAACCACAUUGUCGUUGUGCUUAUAUGAAAUGUGUAAAACGCGAGAAACUCAGGAAAUUCUCAGACGACAAAUAUUUCAAGUGUUUAAUCAUAGCAGCGUGAAGCCGAACAGCGACACAAUUAACGAAAUUCCAUAUUUGGAUCAAGUAAUCAAUGAAACUUUAAGAAAACACCCAUCAACCCCCGUUGCAUUCCGAACAGCCACAUCAGAUUACAAAUUGUCAAACACAAAUAUGGUGAUACCAAUGGGUACGCAAAUAAUGAUACCGAUUUAUGCCAUACAUCAUGACGACACCAUCUACACAAAGCCGGAGGUCUUCAAUCCGGACAGAUUCAAUAAGGACAACAUGAAGGAUGAACAUCCAUGCAGUUUCAUUCCAUUUAGCUGCGGUCCGCGCGCCUGUAUCGGAUCUAAAUUUGCAAUGAUGCAUCUGAAAAUUACUUUGGUCAAUUUGUUGCGAAGAUUUAGAUUUUCAGUUGGUUCGAAAACGCCGUUCCCUCUGAAAUUCGAUAAGAAGGCAUCGAUUCUUUGUGCGGAUGAUAUUUGGUUGACUGUUGAAAAUGUUUGAAGAGCUGCUGCUAGUGUAAGAUAUUCAUUUUCGUUUAAUUUUUUUUGCCGACUUGCCGGGAAAAAAAUCAUUUUAUUUUACACAUUCCUUUGCUUUUACAAAAUAAAGAAAUAUUUUAAAUUCGGUCCAGUGUGGACAUUAAA